AUGCUUUCAACAGAAUCCAAUAGUUCCAUUGAUGGUUCUUGGAGUGAAAUUGAAGAGUAUUCUGAACCAUUAGAAAGUGAUUUUGAACGUAUAGGAAAACUUGGCGGAGGCACGUACGGUGAUGUUUUCUGUGUUCGUCAUCGUUUGACUGGUGAAAUGUUUGCUCUUAAGCAAAUUCGUGAUGAAAAUGAAGUUAAUGGAAUUCCAGCAACAGCCAUGCGUGAAGCAGCAAUUUUAAAACAGCUUAAUCAUCAGAAUAUAAUCAAAUUAUACGAUGUUUUUUUAACUGAUGAACGAUGUUACUUUUUACUGGAAUAUAUGGAUGAAGAUUUGAAACGUUAUUUAGAUAGAAAUCGGCCGUUAGAUCGACAGAUGAUUAAAAAUUUUAUGUAUCAAUUAUUUGAUGCAAUAUUUUAUUGUCAUAAACAUCGAAUUAUUCAUCGUGAUAUAAAACCUCAUAAUAUCUUAGUAAAUCAUGAACAUCAACUUAAACUAUGUGAUUUUGGUCUUGGUCGCGCGUUUAGUGUUCCAUUAAAAAGUUAUACACAUGAAAUCGUUACAUUAUGGUAUCGAGCACCUGAAGUUUUACUUGGAUCGCCAUCAUAUGGCACACCUGUUGAUAUGUGGUCGUUAGGUUGUAUAUUUGGUGAAAUGUAUCAAGGCUGGCCACUGUUUCAUGGUGAUUCUGAAAUUGAUCAAAUAUUUCAAAUAUUUAAACUAUUGGGUACACCAAGUGGAAAUGAUUGGCCAAAUGUAUUUUUAUUACCACAAUUUAAAUCAUCAUUUCCAAAAUUUAAAAUGCAAAAAACUCAAUUAAGACAAAUUGUGGACAAUGACGAAGUAGCCUAUGAUUUACUCAAACGAUUAUUAAUUUGUGAUCCUACAAUACGUAUGGCUGCUCGAUAUGCUUUAGAACAUAGCUAUUUUGCUGGAUAUGACCCUAAAAAAACAGUAUCCUCGAUAACAAACGCUAAAACCAAUCAUAUGCAAUACGAUGAAAAUAAUAAUGUUAUUUAA